UUUAAUAAUUCAAAAACAUUUUCUUUAUAAGCGUUUUCAGUUAUUUUGAAUGCACUUCCAAACUAGUCUUUAAUUGGGAUAACACAAAGCCAGCAAGAAGCAUCCAACCAAAACAAAUCCAGAACGUGACCAAAUCUCUGCUCUCAAAUCAUUAGUCACAAUUGGUUAUGUGGUGGCCACAUAUCAAAUACCAAUAAUACCCUCGCGGCCCAAUCAUAGGUUGGUGUUGGAUUCACAGGUCUCUUCUUUCCCUCUGGCUCCUCGGUUCUCAAAAGAGUCUCUUCUGCUUUUCUCUGUGCCGCGCAGAUAUCUGAUGGGUUCACACGCGGCAGAAUCGGAUUGGUGGAGAGAUAGCCAGGAAUCGAUUUUACCCAGAGAUGGAACUGUGAUUGAGCAAACACUAUUUGUUAAACUUGGUCGUUGGCAGUGGUGGUUUUUGGUGGUACUCAACGUCGUCUUCCUCCUUGUGGGGCAGUCUGCUGCAGUUUUACUGGGAAGAUUCUAUUAUGACCAGGGUGGCAAUAGUAAGUGGUUGGCUACUCUUGUCCAAACUGCAGCCUUCCCAGUCCUUUUCAUCCCGCUUUAUUUUCUUCCUUCAUCCAAAGAACAAGCAACUUCUUCAAACCCGCCUUCCAUUAAAGUUCUUGCCUUGGUUUACUUCUCUAUUGGAGUGCUCUUAGCUGGUGACAACAUGUUGUAUUCUGUCGGACUCUUGUACCUAUCUGCCUCCACUUAUUCCCUCAUAUGCGCAACUCAGUUAGCUUUUAAUGCAGUUUUCUCGUACUUCCUCAACUCUCAGAAGUUCACAAUGCUAAUUCUUAAUUCAGUGAUUAUCGUGUCAUUCUCAGCAGCUCUUAUUGCCGUCGAUGAUGAUUCUGGAGGACCAACAGGAGUCUCAAAGGGGAAAUAUAUCCUUGGCUUCAUCUGUACCAUUGGAGCCUCUGCACUGUACUCUCUUUUGCUUUCCCUCAUGCAGCUUUCUUUCCAAAAGGUUUUAAAAAAGGAAACGUUUUCUGUGGUUCUGGAGAUGCAAAUCUAUACGGCCCUGGUCGCUACUUGUGCUGCAAUUGUAGGUCUUUUUGCAAGUGGGGAAUGGAGGAGUUUGAAUGGGGAAAUGGAAAACUAUGGCAAGGGACGAGUUUCUUACGUGAUGACCCUAGUUUGGACAGCUGUGGCUUGGCAAAUUUGUUCUGUUGGUGUCGUGGGCUUAAUUUUCGUGGUUUCUUCUCUCUUCUCCAAUGUAAUCAGUACUCUCUCUUUGGCUGUUACUCCUAUAGCCGCUGUGAUAAUCUUCCAUGACAAGAUGAACGGUGCCAAGGUAAUUGCUAUGCUUCUGGCUCUUUGGGGUUUCGCCUCUUAUAUUUAUCAGAACUAUCUCGAUGACUCUAAGGCAAGAAGAAGACUAACUGAUGCUAGGGAACCAUAAAAUGAUUCCUCGAUUUAAUGGAAAUGAUAAAACUACACAGGAAUUGAAUUGUUUAUAUCUCACUAAAUUCUAUAGAAAUGUAUUCAUUUAGUAUUCGAUCAAUGGCUCACAUUUAAGCAUAUUGUUUAUCGUUACUUUGGUUGGAGAAUUAUUUUAUGUCAUUA